AUGAUUAUUUGCAACAUCAGUGCCAUCAAAGAUUGGAGCACUUUCCUCUCCCAGAUCCUCCCCAGCGUUAACAAGACUCUGAACUUGGUACAGCAAGUGGAAGCCACCACCAGCUCGGUGGUAAGUGUCCUCCAGGACCCCGAACAGGACAACUACCUAUCCAACAGCCAGUCCAUGAACUCCAGCAACUUCACGGCUGGCCUGGACCACUUGUUCCAGUACUCGUACUCGGACAAUGACCAGCUUUACAAGGAGUACAAACCCCCUCCUCGAGACGCCAUUCCUCUGCCCAAGGCUGUCCUUUACCUUCUCAUGGCAGCCCUGGUGGUGGUAGCAGUGGCGUACGCCAUCGUCGGGCAUCUCAUCAAGGAUCUCAUUCACGACUUUAUAGACUGGAUCUUCGGCCCCAGCCCGGAUGACAACAGCAACAAGAGCGACGUCAACUGCAUCAGCAACAGCGUCAAUGAGAUGAGCGAGAUGCCUGAGGUGCCGCGACGCCGCGACCGCCAGCCCCAGGACGUGGUCAUUGCCAUCGGCGAGACCUGCCACCUGCCGCAGCAGACAUGACCGGCACGGUGGCCGGGCCAGGCGGGAUGGAGCAGAGGGAUGGAGUGGUGGGAUGGCACAGCGGGACGGUGCAGCAGCCACAUUGCAGUACCGGGCAGCAAGAGGAGGGGAUGGGCAGAGCCUGCACCAUGGAGCAAAGCCCUCCUCGCCCCAGUUUUGCCAGCUUCUAAGGACCUUGCCGGGGUGGGCAACAUUGCUCCUUCUCCUGGGCUUGUCAGUCCUGGCCUGAUGUCUGCCCAUGGGUUCAUGACCUCUCUUUCUUCCCUGUGAAUAGCAAAAAAAACCCAAAUGCAAAAUACACCCACCAAA